UUUAUUUCCGGGUCAUGUCAGUUAAACUCGCGCAAUGACAUUGUUCCACACGUUAAGGGACCCACUCCACCAAGUGUCUUACUGUUGGUUGUUUCACAUGGUUUGAAGACGUGCAUAAACCCCGGCCUUGUCAACAUGUCGUCCACCUCUGCAAGUUUUCCUGAGGAGCGGCAGCGCAGAGGAACGAGGCCAAACGUGCCGGAGGCAGUGGGGCCGGACUACAUCCCCACAGAAGACGAGAGGAGGGUGUUCAGAGAGUGCGACAAGGAGAGCUUCUGGUAUCGGUCGGUGCCCUUCUCUGUGGCCAGCAUGGCCGUCACUCAAGCCCUGUUUACCAGAGGGAUUUUGUCCGCAUCUUCAAGAUUUGGAUCUCUACCUAAAGUGGCCUUUGCUGGCUUAUUUGGCUUCAUUGCUGGGAAAAUGUCAUAUAUGAAGACAUGUCAGGAGAAGAUCAAAAGGUUGGAGAACUCUCCUCUAGCAGAGGUCUUCAGACAAAGGGAAAGAUUGUCUCAGCAGUAUUCCAAGGGGCCUCAAUCAGAGCUGGGUGACUCAGACACACAAUCAUUGAAUACCACGUUUCAGUCAGCAGAAUCCCCAAGUCAGACCUCCACCCAGACGAGAGAUUAUGGCUUUGGCUACAAUCCAGACCCACCCAUGCAAAUGGACAGACCAGAUGACUUCAGUGCUCCAGUUCAGUCAUUCAUUGAAGAGGAGGAGCAGCCCAGGAAGAAGUCCAUCCUCUAUGAGGAUCUAAGGCUUAAAAACAGAGAAAUCUACGAGGUGGCGCUGAUUCAAAAGGCUGAGCCACUGGUCAAAACACCACCUCAGAAGGAGCCAGAAAGACCCAAUAUAAAGGCUAAGAAGAACAUCUAUGGAGACACGUGGGAGGAAUGAGUCCUUAUUGAGCUUCAUCUUUACAUCACUGACACUGCCGCUAAGAUGGCGUUUGGUUUAAGAGUGACUUGGCCUCAGAGGUCAUUGAAUUUUAUAGAGUUAUGAUCAUUGUGUGUG